AUGGAUCCUCGAUUUGUCGUCUCAUUUCCAGACUUACCAAGACAGGCAGAUAUCAGUGCAUUGGUGUUGAGAUUUGGUGGCGAGUGCGAACUUGUUUGGUUAGAUGACAAAAAUGCAUUGGCUGUUUUUAAUGAUCCUGCACGAGCUGCAGCUGCAAUGAGAAGAUUAGAUCAUGGAAGUGUUUAUCAGGGAGCGAUUGUGGUUGUUCCAAAGGGAGGGGCGUCUGUAGUAUCUACAGUUACAAAUGCCUGGGGAGGAGCUGGGACAGUGAAAGGAGGGGCGCUGACAGCAUGGAAAGAGAAUCUCUUGACAAAGGCUAUUGUUAUAGAACCAAGUUGGAGGGAAGAAUCUUGGGAUGAUGAGGAGGGGGCUACUGGUUCUGCGAAUAUCCAGUCAUCUAUUUGGAAGAAAGAAGUGCCGAUAUCUACUUCGGCAAAUCCUUGGAGUGUCUUAGAUAAAAAAUGGUCUUCAAGUUCAUCUUCUGCUGUUUCUGUUAAAGCUGACACUUGUAUGAAACAAACACAGUCAAGUUCAUCUUCUGCUGUUUCUGUUAAAGCUGACACUUGUAUGAAACAAACACAGAGUAGUGCUAUGGCGAAGUUGGAAUCUCUUGAUGGUGGUUCAAAUCUAGAACACCAGCAUGGAAAAGCCUUGGACACUUCAGAAGUUUAUGAUGUAGUAGAUGAUUGGGAGAAGGCUUGUGAAUGA